AUGGAACAAGAUAAUGAAACAUCUGGGGGAGAUUUUAUUUUGCUUGGGUUCUCAGACCAGCCCCAAUUAGAAGUUAUCCUUUUCGUGGUAGUUUUGAUAUCUUAUCUUCUGACACUUGUGGGUAACACAGCCAUCAUCCUGGUCUCCCGCCUGGACUCCAAACUCCACACACCUAUGUAUUUCUUCCUCACAAAUCUCUCUUUUCUUGACCUUUGCUUCACAACCAGCACUGUUCCUCAGUUACUGUGGAAUUUGAAAGGACCAGCUAAGACUAUCACAUCAACUGGCUGUGCUAUACAACUGUAUGUGUCCCUCUCAUUGGGUUCCACUGAAUGUGUUCUCCUUACAAUCAUGGCAUUUGAUCGCUAUGUAGCUGUCUGUAGACCUCUUAACUACACUACUAUCAUGCACCCAUCAUUUUGCAAGGCUUUAGCAGGAAUGGCAUGGCUAAGUGGAGUAGGGAACACUCUUAUCCAAGGAACCAUCACCCUCAGGCUUCCUCGAUGUGGACAUCAUCAACUACAUCACUUCUUAUGUGAAGUGCCUGCCAUGAUCAAGUUGGCAUGUGUUGACAUACGUGCAAAUGAAGUCCAACUUUUUGUGGCCACAUUAGUUCUCCUCCUUCUUCCUGUGUCAUUAAUAUUAGUUUCCUAUGGAUUCAUUGCACAAGCAGUGAUAAAAAUUAAAUCAGUCCAAGCUUGGCACAAGGCCCUAGGAACCUGUGGUUCCCACCUUGUAGUGGUGUCCCUUUUCUUUGGGACAAGCUCUGCCAUAUAUAUUCAACCAAAGAGAUCUUAUGGUCAUAUUCAGGGAAAAUUUCUUACACUCUUUUAUACUGUUGUAACUCCUACCCUCAACCCACUCAUAUAUACUCUAAGGAACAAGGAUGUAAAAGGAGCCCUGAAGAGACUGCUAAGAAGAGAGCAAAUUUCUUAA